AUGGGACCGGACUACCAUGCCGAAUUCCAGGAGCUGAACGAUGGAGACUUGAAUGUUCAUGGAGAGGAGGAUAGCGAUGCGGGUUCCAGAUUGCGGUUGGGUCGAAUUGGAGCUGCCGGCCGUGCCAGGAACGAGCCAACGACGGGACAGCGAGGUGGUGCCGUCUCUUGGAUCUGGAGCGCCGUGCGAGCGGAAGACCAAGAGCCGGGGCUACAUGAUGCGGUGCGGAUUCAAUGGGCCAAGGCUUUGGCGCGCAAGGACCGAUGGCAUGAAGAAGUGAGGCUGUUGCGGGAGGAAAUGAAGCGCGUUCUGCGGAGCUUAGUCUCAUUACAGCGCGAAUGGCAAGAGCGGGUUGACUGCGGAAGGGCGGUGGAAGCAGGACUGGCGAAUGGAAUGGCUGCGUAUGCAAAGCGCCAGGUUGCGCUGCAUGCCCAUAUAGCGAAACACUUUGUGAAUCAUUGGAGGCAGCCGGGGAAGGCGGUGGUCGAGGCUGUAAUGCGGAAAGACCUGGAUGUGUAUGAACGAUUAGCAGCUGGAGAGGAGGAGGUAGUAGGAGGAUCUAUUGCGGAGCUAGAAUAA